UCCAGCUGCAUGUAUAGUAUGUAGUUAUUUCCAUGUGAACUAUGCGUUGUGUGGUUUAUCUGUAUGUAAUGAAAAGUCUAGUCCUUUUUUUGUCAGAACGCCAUGGUAUUUAUUUGUAUUACUGGCCUUCCAAUAUUGAGGUCAUAAAAUGACGGAUCUUCAGACGCUAACAAUGAUCGUUACUACUAAUAGUUAUAUUCAAAUAUUUCUGCCAGCUAAAGAGUUACGCUGUUAAUAUCUUUUUGCAAGCAAAGAGCUCGCAAGCCCAAUAAUGCAAUAUUGACUUGGGUUGUUACUCCGUCUUCUAUUAAGAGCUUUACUUUCUUCCUCUUAUCGCUUCUUUGGUCUCCGUGUUCUUGUCUUCAUCAAAAUCAUGGUGUAACUUCCCUUACGAUCGGAGUAUAGUUUCGUUCACAUAUUGUGGGUGGGUGCUCUGUGGAUGUUCUUUGGGGAUAUACGGAUAUACUGAAACAUUAUUCUCUUUGAUCGGGGAAAUUUAGGAACUUAGGAAGUACAUCUCGUAUUACUUCGUGAAAACUCUUGUGUGUCGACAGACAUUUUAAGUAAUGUCUUUAACAUCUUGAGUUUACAACUCAUAAAAGCAGUUACAAAUAAUAAAGGUAUCUGUUUGGAACAAUUUGUAUCGACUGUAAAAUGGCUCCUCACAUUCAAGAUAUGCCUCCUGAAGGAGGCUAUCAAAAAAUCCAUUUUGAAAGAAUUCCGGCCAAAUCAUAUUUUGGUGGUUAUGCGAUGAUUGCGGGCUAUCUUGGGAUCACUGCUGGUGCCUGUUAUUUGUUUUAUUUGAAUAAAAGGAAAGUAACUCGAGAUGAAAUAGAAGCAAGAAGUGCAAAAAUAGCAAUUUAUCCUUUGCUUUUGGCUGAAAGAGACAGAGAGUUCUUGAAGCAACUAAGGCGCAACAGAGACGAGGAGGAAAAGUUAAUGGCAAACGUAGAUGGCUGGGAGGUUGGAACUUACAAAGGAGAGCCCAUUUACAAAACAAUUCCAAAAGAUAAAUUUAUUGACCCCAUGUAUAAUGAGUACUACGCCCAUUCUUCGUAUUGGGAUUGGGCUAAGAGAGCUCAUUUGAAGUUCUGGACAUAAGCUGUAAUUUAUGUAGUAAUGAUGUUGCAAUAUUGUAGCUUUAUGAUAAGGCUAUUGAUGUAUAAAGGUGAAUUAUUAGUUAUUAAAUUAUCAAGAUCUUUUUAUUUUAUUUUAAAUAACUGUUCCCAGUCCAUUCCUGUUUCUACAAGAUUUCUUUAUUUGGUUACAAAUGUUUUUAUUGAUAGUGUCUGUAUUUUGUGGAAUAACUGUAUACAAAUAGGUACUAAUGUAAAACACUUUAAAAAUGCUUGAUUUCAAAUAAAUUAUGAGUUUUUAAUGUCAAAA